AUGGCGUCAAGGUGCCAGACUCCACCCAUUCGCUCACAAAUGACCAGGGUGGUGCCACGACAAGGCCAUGUUAUGCUCACGCCGUGCAAGAAAAAAUUCUUCUUGCACACACCAAGACAAGGACCCCUGCUCCUGGUCUCUGACAAAAGGGGGCUAGCGCAGAUUGCAGCCUUUGGCCCUUUGCAAGACCAGCCCCACCACACUUCUCACCCUGGUCCUCGCUUUACUCGUGCUCUGAACACGACCUCCUCGUCUGACAACGUCGACACCAUCAACCACCAGCCACCAACCACCGUCAUGUCUUUCGAUUGGGAACAUCAGUUUUGCCUGGGUUGCGACAAGCAAACCGACGGCGCCACCUACUGCUCCGAAUCCUGCCGCCUGGCCGAUUACGAGAAGACCUCGCCAUCAACACCCAGCUCUGCCGCGAGCUCUCCGGCACUGAGCGGCCCUCCGCCUGACUGGACCCUGUCCAGGCCAACAACGACGAGCAACACCAAGUUCUAUUUGUCACCGGCAUACGACUUUGGCCUCGCCCAGCCAAGCACCCGCAGGGGCUCGACCCAGACGCUUUCGCCCUCGGCAUCCCACACCAGCCUCUGCUCGAUGCGGAGCAACUCCUCGGCGGGACUCGAUGCGGCACAGCUGUCUGAGAAGGCGGCGAGGGAGCUCCGCGCAUACGCCCGCUCAUUCGAGUCGGUUCGCCUUCAACGCAGGCGCUCGGCCUAA